AUGGAACAAUAUCUCAACAUCUGUACCUGGACUAAGUGUGGCGGCGACUGUCCGUCGAACCGGCCCUAUGAGCUCACCACCGAUAGCGCCGGCCCCAAGGAGAAUAGCCGCUGCACUGAUGCCACGAACGCGCUCGUGGACCCUCAGAAUGCCAAAAAGCGCCGGUUAUGCCGUCCUAGCAAGGACUCGUUCCGGAACUGUGGGUGGGAGUCGGCCAAGGUCUGCUCCAGCACCUGCGGUGUCAACCAGAUCACGCUGGAUCUGGACCCUCGCGGUGAAACUUCCUCCAACAACCCGUGCCACAAUGGCCGCCAGAAGGCCUUUUGCUGUAAUCCACCGGUUGGCCUCAACUCCCCGUUCCUGCCGGUGGACCUGGAGAAUCUCUUCCCUCCCGCGCAUCGGCCCUCCCCAGAUGCGCUGCCCACGUUUGAGCUGGUGAGCUUUGGCGGAAGGUACACGGCCCCAACCAAGGACGAAAACCCCAACAACAGUGGCGUCGCCUUCUUCCUCGUUGCCGGCAGCUACACUGCUGUCACCUCCAUGAGCAAGCGUGACAACCCGGGGCUCGAGUUCGUCGACUGCCCGGCCGAUGUCCUCUCCCGGCCCGACCAGGAGCACCGGACAGCCCGGGUGGUCUGCUACUCGGAUAACGUGCCCGACUGCUUCCGGGUGCAGGAGGGCGGCGUCGAGGGCACAGUCGUUCAGAUGCCCGAAGAGUGCGGCGGCCCAUCGUGGGCGCGCGCCGUCUCCCUCACCCUCUCGCAGAACCAAACGGUCCCCGGCCACCUGGCCAAGCGGGGGCGACCACCUCCCCCGUGUUUGACUUCACGUUCGACUACAACACGGCCCUGGUCCGCCGGGAUGCCGGGAAGUUCAGUGUACGAAUGGAUUUCUCGAAUGUGCCGGGUAUUGGAACGCCGUGGUAGACGCCCCGGGUUCUUCAAGCAGUAA